AUGACGAGCGUGUGCAGCAACAGCAACUAUCAGCACUUUCAGCUGACCAACGGCAACAUUAUGUUGCUGCAUCAGCAGCAACAGCAACUGCAGCAACAACUGCAACUGCAACAGCAGCAGCAACAACUGCAACAGCAACAACUACAACAGCAGCAGCAACAUCAGCUGAUUGCACCCAAGCUGCCGCUGGGCAACAGCCAGUUGCAGAACAUGCAACAUGUGGCAGCCACAAGCGUGGCCAAAAAGAAAUUCAACUACUCAGCCAUGCCAUACGGCAACGAGCCACAAUUGCCAUCGGUGGCACGUCGCAAUGCCCGCGAGCGCAAUCGUGUGAAGCAGGUGAACAACGGCUUUGUCAACUUGCGUCAACACUUGCCACAGAGCGUGAUCAAUACGCUGUCGAGCGGCGGACGCGGCGCCAGCAAAAAGCUCUCCAAGGUGGACACUCUGCGCAUUGCCGUUGAGUACAUACGCGGACUGCAGGACAUGCUGGACGAUGGCCAGCCAAGGCGACAACUCUACAGCGGCGGUGGUGGCAACUCUGCCGAUGAGAGCAGCAACGAUGGCAGCUACAUUGACUACAGCAGCCUCGACAGUCCGACACAGGCGCCAUUUGUGGCUAACUCCUAUCACUCCGCCUCGCCGACUCCCUCCUACACUGACUCCGAUCUCUCGGCCAGCUAUGUGAAGCAGGAACUCCAGGAACAACAGCAGCAACAAGAGCAACAUCAGCAACAACAGCAGCAACAAUUCAAAUUCGAGUCCUUCGACAGCUUCAGCGAUGAGCAGCCCGACGAUGAGGAACUGCUCGAUUACAUCUCCUCCUGGCAGGAACAAUAAAUGGAAUCAAAUCCCUUCACAGUUCUUUGAUAGAUCUGAGUUCAAGCCAAAAACUCCUGUACAAAGUGUGUAAAUAUCUCAAAAAAAAAAACAAUACCUGUUGCCUUAGUGAAACAACAACAACAACAAGUCCCAGCUUCUAUAAGUUCUAGUUCCUAACUCAUACUGAUAAUAUUUUUUUGACUAGCCUAAGUUUAAUGGAAGACAAUGAUUUAAAACACAUUUUUUUUUCAUAUUUCUAAGUUUUGUUAUAAGCAUGGAAGACACUAAACUAGU